UCAUAGAUAUAUUUUUUAAAACUUAUUUUAUUUAACAGCAAAUAAUAUGCACAUUAAUUAACAAUUUGCAACAGAGAAAACAGAAAGGAAAAAGAAACGUUAAAAAGAAAGUUGCACGUAACAUCUGAACAUUUUUAAACAUUUCACACCAAAGAGUUUCCAUUUCCUGUUUGUUCCAACUUUGCAGACUUAUCGUCUUUCAAUAUGGAUUUUAUUAUUUCUUUAAUACCCGAGAGCAUUAAGUCUAUCCCGGUUCAUAUGGAUUUUGAAGGACAGAAGAGAGCAGAGAAAACAUUCCAAAUCAUAAUAGUACUUUUUGGGUUUGUGGGUUUCAUAUGGGGAUACAUCUGUCAGCAGUUUUCACAGACUAUGUAUAUUCUUAUUGCUGGCUUUGCAUUGUCUUGUCUGUUAACGCUGCCCCCAUGGCCCAUGUAUAGGAAGAAACCUCUGCAGUGGCAGAAACACAAAGUUGAGAGCGAGACAGAUACUACAACACCUAGUCAACAGAAAUCAAAGAAGAAGAAAUAAACAUAACAUGUAUAACAUUGUGUCACCUGUUCAUGACAUUAAACAUAGAAACAUC